AUCCUGGUGACGUCAUCAGCCCGCACCCCCGGCUUCGUCGCUGCCUGCAUAUUGUUCGCUUCUCACAGCACAAGCUUGCCCUGAAUGUGGCUUCGAUCUUGACUUGUUAUGGCCGAGAAGACUGUGGUAGAGAAAAUGAGUGAAUUGCAAGUGGACGGGAGCAAAAAGGGGUCAAAUGAAAGUGGCAAAGAUGGAGGGAAGAAGAAACAGAAAAACGUCUCUGUGGACUCUUCAGGCAAGACUGAGCUGUCACCGCCACCCCAGUACAUCGACGAGCGACUCUCUUUGUAUGCAAAGCUGAAAGCUGAGCAUGACGCCCUGAUUGCAGAGAGAGCUGCGAAGGAUAGCAAGCCCAUCAAGGUGACCCUGCCUGAUGGGAAGGUGGUGGAGGCGGAGUCCUGGAAGACCACGCCGUAUCAAGUGGCAUGUGGAAUCAGCCAAGGCCUCGCUGACAACACGGUGAUUGCCAAAGUAAACAACAGCGUUUGGGACCUUGACAGACCUUUGGAGGAUGACUGCAGCCUUCAGUUACUCAAGUUUGAUGAUGAGGAUGCUCAAGCUGUUUACUGGCAUUCCAGCGCCCACAUCCUUGGAGAAGCCAUGGAGCGGGUCUACGGAGGCUGCCUCUGCUACGGUCCUCCGAUUGAGAACGGCUUCUACUACGAUAUGUUUCUGGAGAACAAUGAGGGCGUAUCAAGCAAUGACUUUCCCUGUCUGGAGAGCCUCUGCAAGAAAAUCAUCAAGGAGAAGCAGCCGUUUGAAAGGCUGGAAAUCAAGAAGGAAACUCUCCUGGAUAUGUUUAAGUACAACAAGUUUAAGUGCCGCAUUCUGAAUGAGAAAGUCACCACCCCCACCACCACCGUUUACAGAUGUGGUCCAUUAAUUGAUCUGUGUCGGGGUCCUCAUGUGAGACACACUGGAAAGAUCAAAGCCCUUAAAAUCCAUAAGAAUUCGUCUACCUACUGGGAGGGAAAGGCAGACAUGGAAACCCUCCAGAGGAUCUACGGGAUCUCCUUUCCUGACCCCAAAAUGCUCAAAGAGUGGGAGAAGUUUCAGGAGGAAGCCAAGAACAGAGAUCACCGCAAACUGGGCCGGGAGCAGGAACUGUUCUUCUUCCACGAACUAAGUCCAGGGAGCUGCUUCUUCCUGCCUAAAGGGGCCUUCAUCUACAGCACGCUGAUUGAGUUCAUCAGAAGUGAAUACAGGAAGAGGGGUUUCCAGGAAGUGGUGACUCCCAACAUCUACAACAGCAAACUGUGGAUUACUUCGGGCCACUGGCAGCACUACAGCGACAACAUGUUCUCUUUCGAGGCCGAGAAGGAGACCUUCGCGCUCAAACCGAUGAACUGCCCCGGUCACUGCCUGAUGUUUGAUCACCGUCCUCGCUCCUGGAGAGAGCUGCCCCUCCGCAUGGCCGACUUUGGCGUCUUGCACAGAAAUGAGCUGUCAGGAGCCCUGACUGGCCUCACACGGGUCCGCCGCUUCCAGCAGGACGACGCGCAUAUCUUCUGCUCCAUAGACCAGAUUGAGGAGGAGAUUAAGGGCUGCCUGGACUUCCUGCGGACGGUGUACGACGUGUUUGGCUUCAGUUUCAAACUCAACCUUUCUACGAGACCAGAGAAGUUCCUCGGUGAGCCGGAGAUCUGGAACCAGGCCGAAAAGCAACUGGAGAACAGCUUAAAUGAGUUUGGGGAGAAAUGGGUUCUCAACCCAGGCGACGGAGCUUUUUACGGACCCAAGAUUGACAUUCAGAUCAAGGAUGCCAUCGGUCGAUACCACCAGUGCGCCACCAUACAGCUGGAUUUCCAGCUACCCAUCCGCUUUAAUCUCUCCUUCGUCGGUCAUGACGGGGAUGACCACAAGAGACCGGUGAUCAUCCACCGAGCCAUUCUGGGAUCAGUGGAGAGGAUGAUCGCUAUUCUGACUGAGAACUAUGGAGGCAAAUGGCCGCUUUGGCUUUCUCCCACUCAAGUGAUGGUUGUACCCGUGGGACCGACCUGUGAAGAGUAUGCUGAGAAAGUCAAGAAGGAAUUCCACAACAGCGGGUUCAUGACGGAUGUGGAUCUGGACCCCGGCUGCACUCUGAACAAAAAGAUCCGAAACGCUCAGCUGGCACAGUACAACUUCAUCCUGGUGGUGGGAGAGAAGGAGAAGACGAGCAACACCGUGAACGUACGCACCCGAGACAACAAAGUCCACGGCGAGCGCAGUGUGGAGGAGUGCAUCGAGCGCCUCAAACAGCUGAAGGCUUCCAGGAGCAGAAACGCCGAGGAGGAGUUCUGAGCUCUUUCAGACACCUCCUCUCCACAGGACCUCUGUUAAAUUCAGAUGCUAUGUGUUUCAGAUCAACGUUUUUAAGAGGGAUAUAAACACCUGCAAAACUCUUUGUGCUUUUGCAGAAAUCAGGUUUUCUUGUACCGACGCAAAGAUAUUCGUUUUUCUGUUGUCUUCCAUCUGCUGACUGGGUAUCCAAGCGCAGCUAAAGCCAAUGCAAUGAAGUGUAACGGUCUUUUAUUUUGGUUUUCGGGUGUAACACGGCGAGGUCUUUAAAAAGCUCAGCAGAACAAGUGUGUAAGUGAAUAAACUGCUUCCUUAAACUCUAGUUUCCAUGUUACAAGCUGAUUGAAACUAAGGGGAGACGUUUUAUUUUAUAUGUUCUUCCACAAUCUUCUUGUCGCUCAUCGCUUCUUCGGGGAGAUGUAAAUGAAAUACCAUUUUGAUAAUUAAACAAUCUAUUCAUAAUGA